UUCACUGCUUGAUAUCUCUGGAUGAGGAAUUAGGAACAGUUUAUCUGAUCGGGUAUUAGGAUGAUUACUGAUUACAGAUAUUGCUUUUGAUUUGAAGAAAUAAUAUGUAGUAACUUGAAUAGAAGUUAGGACAGAUACACCUUAGUGGAAUAUUUUGCUUUGUUUAUGAUAACAUGUUACAGAUUGAGGUUUUUACUUUGUACAGAUAAUAAGAGGUUGCAUUUUCUUUUCACCCAAAUGGGUAGAAUUUAAAGUUACAAAAUUAACUCUCAAUAUGUUGUAACCAUCUCAUUAUAAAGCUGUUGUAGCCUCCUCAUAUAUUCUUAUUACAGUAUUGAUUCCAGAUACAUUCUAACUAUAAUGCUGAAAUUCUCCCCAUUCCCUCCAGACUCCAUGAAAAGCAGACCUUUGAGGUUACCCCUUCGACUCCUGUUUUCUACGAGUUCCAGUUCCCAGACCACGUGGAUAUGAUUCUCGUCAAGGCCAACGCUGAAGAUGACUUCUGCGCGAUGGUGGCCAUUCAGAACAUCACGUGUCCUGUAUUUGACAGUGAGGAGAAUAUUAAGUAUGGCAACUUCUACCAGACAAUGACAUACCAAGCUGGUAUCACAAUUCGGAAAGAGAAUUAUCCCAAGGGCCUCUAUGUGAUCGUGGUGAUGCUCUCCAACGAUGAGCCUUGUUCAGGGUCAUUCCAGCACAUUUUCCGCACGAGGAGGAAGACCGUCACACUUAGCAUUGAGGAGAAAAUCACAAAACUGGAGUACUUGGCUGCUAUCUUUGCUGGCCUGGGCUUCUGUGCCUUUUUCUACAUUGUAACAGUCAUCCUGGCCUGUGUGUCAUAUAUCAGAGCCAAGAGAAAACAGCCUCGUGAACGGAGCCUUCUUGACGACUCAAUCAUCACGCCAGAGGACCUCAACACUUCAGGACCUUCAUAUGGGGCUAUCAGUCCUCAAGGAAGAGAAGAGCCUAAGGAUCAUGGCCUGCCACGUACUGUCUCCGACUCUUCUCUAGAUGAGGAUGACAUCGACAUGUUGACGGAUGCAGAGAGUGACAAGGACAUUUUCAGAACUAAAACCUUCCUGUACGUGAGUGACCUGGCAAGGAAGGACAUGCGCGUGUUAAAUAAGAAGUCACAACUGUACAUCUGGGGCCUGCUUACUGUAGGCGUCUUCUAUGCCGUCCCAGUCAUUCAGCUCGUUAUUACUUAUCAGAAGGUGCUAGAUGUAACGGGAAACCAAGACCUGUGUUAUUACAACUUCUGGUGUGCACACCCCCUUGGACCACUGAGCGACUUCAAUCACGUCUUCUCGAACAUCAGCUACAUUCUCUUCGGAAUCUUGUUCAUGGGGGUCUGUGUGCGGAGAAGCCACAGACACAAACAGGCGGUUUUACAAGACUAUAAGAUUGAUAAGUACUAUGGAAUUCCCCAGCAUUUUGGAAUAUUUUACGCCAUGGGAGGUUCGCUAAUCAUGGAGGGGCUGCUUAGUGGCUGUUACCACAUCUGCCCCAACAACUCCAAUUACCAGUUUGACACCUCCUUUAUGUACGUGAUCUCGGUGAUGUCCAUGCUCAAGAUCUACCAAACGCGGCACCCGGACAUCAACGCCAGUGCCAGUGCCGCCUUUGCCGCUCUAGCCCUGGCCGUCGUCCUGGGUGUCGUCGGUGUGCUGACGGGGACUACUUUGUUCUGGGUCAUCUUUGGCUUCAUCCACGUGAUCUCGUGCCUCCUCCUCUCCUGCAACAUUUACUACAUGGGAAGGUGGAAGUGCGAUUUGGGUCUAUUUGGACGUAUGAAAACCUGGUUCAUGAGCGAACUAAGUGACUGGCGGGGAAUGUGCAGACCAAUGUACUGUGAUCGCAUGGUUCUGCUGCUCUUGGGUAAUGCUGCCAACUGGGGUCUGGCAAUCUAUGGAAUGGUUUCUACACCUAAGGACUUUGCCUCGUACCUUCUGAUCAUUUUCUUGACGAAUUUACUGUUGUACAUCGCCUUUUACAUCAUCAUGAAACUGAGACACCGUGAACGCCUCCAACUACAACCUUUGGUUUACUUGUUACUUUGCCUGUUUGGUUGGAGCGCCGCCAUCUUCUUCUACGUGCAUCACACAACCACGUGGGAACUCACCCCUGCGCACAGCCGACAGUUUAACCAGGAGUGCGUCUUGCUUCACUUUUACGACACUCAUGACAUCUGGCAUUUCUUCUCGGCUGCAGCCAUGUUCUUUGGCUUCAUGCUUCUCCUCACCUUAGACGACGAUCUUGCACACACACCCCGAGAGAAGAUCCCAGUCUUCUAAGUGCCGCAAGAAACAAAUCUACGACAGUGAUAUAUAUAGUAUAGCGCGAAGAAGGUGCUCUUAGGAGGAAGCUUGACUGGAUAGUCUCAAGCACUGUUGUUGUUUUAAUUUUUUGCCUUAUUUGUUUCAUUGCCUUAUUGUUCAUACUAUUUAAAUAUCACUUUUUCAUGGUCUCUCUCUUUUUUUUUUUUUUUUCUUUUUUUCAUAUCUCUCUUUUCUGUUUCCUUUAAUGAGUUCACUGUUUGGGUGAAGAAUGACAUACUGGAGGUUAAAGAAUGUAAUUUUUAAUAAUAACCAGGAGAUAUGU